AUGGUUUCAAAAACUCGGUGUAAUCUGGAUUCUUAUCUAGAGGAACUUCAAAGCGCUUCUAUUCUUGUUAUAGGGGCUGGUGGGAUAGGAUGUGAAGUUAUAAAGAAUCUUGUCCUGAAUGGUGCCAAAAAUAUCACUAUUGUUGAUAUGGAUACCAUUGAUAUGUCUAACUUGAAUCGUCAGUUUAUAUACUUACCCGAACAUGUAAACCAGUAUAAAGCUCAUGUGGCUAGAAAUAUUGCCUGUGAGAUAUCUCCAAACGGUAAUAUUGAGGCACUUGUAUGUGAUGUGACUAAGUGGGCUCCGGAGGAUUUAGUUCGCUAUGAUGUUAUUUUAAACGCAUUAGAUAACGUUAAAGCUAGAUCACAUAUAAAUUACUGUUGUAUUCAAUCAGGAAUACCAUUAAUAGAAUCCGGAAGUACAGGUUACAAUGGUCAAGUAUUUCCAAUUUUGAAGGGUCUUACAAAAUGCUAUGAAUGUGAAGAAAUUCCAACAUCCACAUCUAUUCCAGUAUGUUCUAUUCGACAAAUCCCAGAGAAGCCUACACAUUGUGUAGCAUGGGCUCGAAUGCUAUAUGAGUUAAUUUUUGGAACUCCAGACAACAAUAAUUUGCUCUCAGAUCUAUCUGUUCCUACCCUUCCAGACAUUAAUACAAUUGAUGAAGAUAUAGCAGAAUGCUAUGUAGAAGAGAUAUUUAACUUUCUUUUUAAUUCGGAAAUAAAGGCCUUGGAAUCCAUGGAGGAAGUGUGGAUCUCAAGAAAAAAACCACAUCCUAUAGAAUAUAUUCCGAAUGAAAGUAUCUCCUUAAAGAGAAAGGUGGAAGAAAUCGCACAAGAUAAACAUAACGCAUUGUCUGAAAAGAUAAAACUGGGAGAAACUCAAAAACCACAUCGUACUUUACACGUUUCAGCUGACAGAGAGCAAAUAUCCUCAGGGAUAAAAGAAAAAUUUAAAAGAUAUUCUGUUAGCGAAUUGGUUAGCCAAUUUAGGAAUAGUAUUAAAAACUUACUUUUAUACAACAAAAGAAUUAUAGGAUUAGCCACCUUUUCAAAAGAUGAUGAAACAUGUGUACAGUUUGUUGCAGCCUCUGCAAACUUAAGAAUGCUAAAUUUUGGAAUUUCUCACUUAAGCACGUGGGAUGUCCAAUCAAUAGCUGGAUCGAUCGUCCCGGCUAUCGCUUCUACUAACGCCAUAGUCGCUGCUUACCAAGUCGCUCAGCUAAUUCAUGUUUUAAAAUUUUUAAGAGAGAAUAAAGAAAAGGAAAUUUUAUCAAGUAAAUGUAGACAUGUUUGGAUAAAGGCAAACGUUAUGGGAUCAAAUCAUUUGUUAUCUGGAAACUUAUCCCAACCAGAGCAUUUGGAAAAACCUAAUCCUAAAUGUCUAGUUUGUCAGCAAAAAUCAGUAAAAAUUCAACUCAGGAAUUUUAAAGACUGGAAAUUAGAUGAUUUUGUCAACGUGAUAUUCAAAAAUGCUAUUGGAUUAGAUAUGGUUACUAUAGAUUUUAAUGAAAGAAAUAUUUAUGAUUGUGAGGAAUUAUAUGAAAAUGUCGAGUACGCUAAGCAUGUCAAAAACAAUGGGAUUACCCAUUAUGGUAUCAAAGACAAUUCUAUCUUGACAGUAACUGAUUUAAAUAGAGACUCUUUGCAAUUUGAAGCAGUUGUCCAACAAAUGCCAAACCUGAAAGGUGAAUACUCCAUCAUCGGAAAAAUUGAAUAA